AUAGUUAUAUACAAUACAAUAUCAAUAGCUACAUAUUUCAAGAAAUGGAAAUAAACAAGUUUUUAUUACUUUCACUUUUGUUGGCUUUGAUUUUAGGCGUUGCAGAGAGCUUCGAUUACCAUGAGAAAGAGCUUGAAUCAGAGGAGGGAUUGAAAGGGAUGUAUGAUAGGUGGAGGAGCCACCAUAAAGUGCAGCAAAAAAGCCAAGAGCGGUUCAACGUGUUCAAGUACAACGUGCAACACGUUCACAAGACAAACAAGAUGAACAUGCCUUAUAAGUUGGAGUUGAACAAGUUUGCUGACUUGACUGCACAUGAGAUGAAGAUCAAAUAUGCUGACUCAAAGAUUGGCCAUUUUAUGGCACUCCAAGGGCCGAUGAAAAACAAUCUUACUAGUUUCAAAUAUAAAGAUGCUACAAAUCUCCCACCAAAGAUCGACUGGAGAGAACGCAACGUAGUCACUCCGGUUAAGUCUCAAGGCCAAUGUGGAAGUUGUUGGGCGUUUUCAGCAGUAUCAGCAGUGGAAAGCAUAAACGCAAUCAAAACGGGCCAACUAAUUGAGUUGUCAGAACAACAACUUGUGGACUGUGAUUCUGCCUCGGCUGGAUGUGAUGGAGGGCUCAUGGAACCUGCCUUUAAAUUCAUAGUGGAGCAUGGAGGUCUAGCUACCGAAGAGAGCUAUCCAUAUACAGAAAAACAUAACCCGUGCGACAAAUCAAAGUUUGGCCAUCACUCGGUAACACUUAGUGGACAAGAGUAUACAGAUGGAACCGAAGAACAAUUGAUGAAAGCCGUUGCACACCAGCCUGUAUCUAUUGCCAUGGAAACGACUGAAAACUUCUUUAUGUAUAAAGAGGGGAUUUACACGGGCCCAUGUGGAAUCAACAAUAAUCACGCCAUGACAAUUGUAGGAUAUGACGAGUGUCCAGAAGGGAAGUACUGGAUCGUAAAGAACUCAUGGGGAGAAGGAUGGGGAGAGAAAGGAUACGUCAGAUUCCAACGUGGCAUUGCGCAACCAGAGGGACUUUGUGGGAUCAAUAGGGGUGCUGCUAUUCCUCACAAGGAUGGUGACACACCGAAUGCUGAUAUAUGCCCGCAAGCUCAAACACCUGAACAUAAACCCGUGCAAGCUAAUAAUCCAUCUGAAGGCCUGCCCAAAAUAGAUAUUCGGCGUUCCAAGGAAUUUUGA